UGUAGCGCCCAAGGGUUACAGGACGGAAAUGCCUGUAAUUGGGUUGGUAUAUUUUACUCCAAUAGGAAUGGAACUGUUACAAUCCCCUAAUUUGCAUAACGCCCUUAUAAAUACGGGGGUAGGCGCCAUUUUCUCUGUUGUUGAGGUACAGUGAAGAUCUUGGAAAGAAACUUUUAAGGAUGCCUGAACCAGCAAAAUCCGCUCCUGCUCCAAAAAAGGGCUCCAAGAAAGCUGUCACCAAGACGCAGAAGAAGGGUGACAAGAAGCGAAAGAGAGCAAGGAAGGAGAGUUACUCGAUCUACGUGUACAAGGUACUGAAGCAGGUGCACCCCGACACUGGCAUCUCGUCCAAGGCCAUGAGCAUCAUGAACUCCUUCGUCAACGACAUCUUCGAACGCAUCGCCGGCGAAGCCUCGCGCCUAGCGCACUACAACAAGCGCUCCACUAUCACCUCUCGGGAGAUCCAGACGGCCGUGCGGCUCCUGCUGCCUGGUGAGCUGGCUAAGCAUGCAGUUUCCGAGGGCACUAAGGCUGUCACCAAGUAUACCAGUUCCAAGUAAAACAGUUCUAAAGUUUAAACCAAACGGCUCUUUUAAGAGCCCCCACUCCUUUUUAAAAAGAGCUGCAAUUGCCGA